AGAGCGGAGGCCUCUGGCAGACCGCGGGCGCCGCCAGCCCUUUAGGUUGCAGGGUCCCAGUCGCGCGGCGGGGUCAGGGGGGCCUGGAGGUGUCGGCGACCCAGGCCCCCGCCCAGCGCCGGGAGGGACACCCCGGCCUCUAGCCGAGCCCCGCCCCCCAGGCACCGCCCACGCGCCGCCCCCGCCGUGGCAGAAAGCCUAGGGGUGGUCUCGGGUCCUGGGUACGGGAGGAAUCCUGCAGGUGCCAGUCACCCGAGUGGGGACCCGCGGAGCGGCUGCGGAGCUCGGCCUGGAGUCGUCGGGAUCCGGGCCCGGAGGGAGGAGCGGCGCGGUGCCGGAAGGGACCCUGCAUCAUGGACGCUCUUUCUGAAGCAAAUGGCACCUUUGCCAUCCAGCUUUUAAAGAUACUGUGUCAAGACAACCCUUCACACAACGUGUUCUAUUCUCCUGUGAGCAUCUCCUCAGCCCUGGCCAUGGUCUUCAUGGGGGCAAAAGGAAACACUGCUGCCCAGAUGGCCCAGGUGCUUUCAUUAAGCACAGAGAAAGACAUUCAUCAGAAUUUCCAGUCACUUCUUGCUGAAGUGAACAAACCUGGCACCAAGUACUUGCUCAGAACAGCCAACAGGCUCUUUGGAGAAAAGACUUGUGAAUUCCUCCCGACCUUUAAGGAAUCCUGUCUUCGGUUCUACCAUGCUAAGCUGGAGCAGCUUUCCUUUGCCAAUGCUGUGGAGCAGUGCAGGAAACACAUCAACACUUGGGUCUCAAAAAAGACUGAAGGUAAAAUUCGAGAAUUAUUGCCAAGUAACUCAAUCAAUGCACACACCAGGCUGGUUCUUGUCAAUGCCAUCUACUUCAAAGGAAGGUGGAAUGAACAGUUCAACAAAAUGUACACAAGGGAAAUGCCUUUUAAAAUAAACCAGAGGGAGCAAAAGCCAGUGCAGAUGAUGUUUCAGGAAGCUACGUUUAAGCUUGCCUAUAUUAAAGAGGUGCAGACCCAGGUCCUGGAGCUGCCCUACGAGGGUAAGGAGCUGAGCAUGGUCAUUCUGCUUCCGGACGACAACGUGGAUCUAAGCUUGGUGGAAAAAAAUCUCACUUUGGAGAAAUUCAGAGCCUGGACCAAGCCAGACCGUAUGCAGAGCACCGAAGUGGAAGUUUACCUUCCGAGAUUUCAACUGGAAGAGGACUAUGACAUGGAAUCUGUGCUCCGGGGUCUGGGAAUGGUUGAUGCCUUUCAGGAGGACGAGGCUGACUUUUCGGCAAUGUCAGGCGAGAGAGAUCUGUGUCUGUCCAAGUUUGUGCACAAGAGUUUUGUGGAGGUGAACGAGGAAGGCACGGAGGCCGCCGCUGCUUCAGCCAUCUUGGUUGUGGAGUGCUGCAUGGAUUCUGGCCCCACGUUCUGCGCCGACCACCCCUUCCUUUUCUUCAUUAGGCACAAUGUGGCCAACACUAUUCUGUUCUGUGGCAGGUUUUCCUCUCCGUAAGGGUGAGCAUUCCCCUCUUUCUGUGUCCUCCUGCCCUGUUCCGUACCCUGGGAAGAUGGGCCUUCGAAGCGCAGUGCAAAGGUGAGGGCACAUGCCUCCCGCAUCUCGAUCCCAUGCUUUUCCACACCCAGCUCUCCCCAUCCUGACCACUCAUUUGCCCUACUUAGCCAAGUUCAUGGGACAAGAGACCUUAAUGCUUCCCUGUAGGAUUUAAAGUGCAGUCCGAAUCCUAUAGGAUGGAAUGCAAAGUUUCCCUAGAUGGCCCCAGACUUACUGCCCCCUCAUUCCCCUUGUAAUUCAUUCUAGUGACACUGUGUUCUGCCUUGUACCUCAAAUCUGGUUGCAUACUUGCCUUAGCCUGUUUCAGUAGUAAUAAAUGCUGCUACCUGAGGCUAUUAUUUUAUACUCUGCCUGGUGCAUGGGCUUCUUAGAAAGCUUUAAUGCACAUUUUUAUUUUAUCUUUGACAUUCGUGCCUCACUAAGUAGGUGGCAAACAGGGCAUCAGGCAUUGGAGACAAAGGGGGCAGAGUCAUGGUCUUUUGACACCUGGUCUUUAAUACUCAUGCCAGAGUAGCUUUUAUGACAGCCAGGUUGGACGAGGUAAUGUCCUUAAACUUAUCAUGUGAUCCCCUUGUAGGGAGCCCCUUUCCUUCUGUUCUUGUAUUUUCUCCACCUCCAACUCUAACAAAAAUUCCGCUCAACUCUUAAAGUUCAUUUCCAAUGUCAUUUCCAGGAAAAUUUUCCUUUUCUACAUAAGCAGGUGUGCAUCUUUGAACUCUCAUUGCAUACCGAGGGAGGGCAUUUCUCUUAUGGCGGUUGCUUUAUUUAUUAAUCAUCUGUGUUCUCCAACUGGACCUUAAAUUCCUCAGGGGUUGGGACUAUAUUUUACGUGUCUAUGUGCCAUGUACAAUGCAGCAGUAAGUAAUUUCAUCAUAGAUGAGCUCUGUAAUUUUUUAAGAAAGUGAUUAGAUAUCAGUGACAUAUUGGGGCCUUUUUAAAGAAUUUGUUAUCGAGGUGAAAUUCACAAAGCAUGAAAUUAACCAUUUUAAAGCGAACAAUGCAGUGGCCUUAGUACAUUAAAAAUGUUGUGCAACCACCACCUUUAUCUAGUUCCAAAAAAUGUUCAUCACCCCAAAGGAAAACCCUGUGCAGUUACUCCCCCCACCCCCAAUCCAACUCCUGGCAACUGCCAAUCUGCUUUCUAUCUCUAUGGAUUUACCUACUCUGGAUAGUUUAUAUAAAUGAAUUAUAUAACAUAUGGCCUUUUGUUUUUGGCUUUUAAUCAGGAUGACACGCUCAUUCAUGUUGUGGCAUGUGCUUCAUCUCUCUUUAUGAUUGAAUAAUAUUCCACCAUAUAGCUGUAGCAUAAGAUUUGUUUAUCCAUUCAUUCGUUGGUGGACAUUUGAUUUGUUUCCAUCUUUUGGCUAUGUAUGAGUAAUCCUUCUACAAACAUGCACAUACAUGUAUUUGUUUGGAUAGCUGUUGUAUUAAGGGUUCCAGUUUCUUCACAUCCUUAUGAACACUUGUUAUUUCCCACCCCUCUUUUUAUAAAAAAAUGGUGGCCUCUCUAAGUGGGUAGGAAGUGAAAUCUCAUUGUGUGUUUUAUUUGCAUUUUCCUAUGACUAAUAGUGUUGAGCAUCUUUUUAUGUGCUUACUGGCCAUUUGGAUAUCUUCUUUGGAGAUAAGUCUAUUCAAGUCCUUUGUUCAUUUUUUCAUUGGGUUGUCUUUUCGUUGUCAAGUUGUAAGAAUUAUUUAUAUAUACUGGAUACAAGACCCUUAUCAGAUAUAUCGUUUGCAAAUAUUCUCUCCCAUUGCUUAGGUUAUAUUUUCCCUUUCUUGAUAAUGCCCUGGAUCCACAAAGGUUUUUAAUUUCAAUGAAGUCCAGUUUAUCUACUUUUUCUUUUGUUACUCAUACUUAUGGUAUCAUAUGUAAGAAUCCUUUGUCAAAUCCAAAGUCACGAAAAUUUACAACUAUUUUUUUCAUAAGACUUUUAUGAUUUUAGCUCUUAAAUUUAGAACGUUAAUCCAUUUUGAUGUAUACGAUGUGAGGUAGGGUCCAACUUAAUUUUUUUGCAUAUGGGAUAUCAAUUGUCUCAUCACCUAUAACUGCUUUUGAAUUGCAAAAGGAUGUUGAUAAUAGAUUAAAAAAUAAUAUCUAAACAAGUGAUAAGGUGAAAAAUUAUACAACUGGCAUAUAUAUAUCAAAUCCAUUCCAUGAAUGGAAUCCAUAACCAGACUGAAAGAAAAUAUUAUAAAAAAUCAGUAAGGAAUUAACACUAGGGUAUACAAAGAACUCCUGCAAAUCAAAGAGAACAAGGCUGUCAAUUAGUAAUCAGAAAAAUACAAAUAAAAUACCAUGAGAUACUGCUCAGCAUCCAUCGGAUUGGUGUCAGAAAGUUGGAUACCAUGCAGCAUCAGCCAGGAAGUAGGGAAAUUUAGGAGCACUUAUGGGAACAAGAACCAAUAUGGCCCAGAUAGGAAGCAAUCUGGCAGUGAACUCAAUUGGUGUCUGCUCUGUGCUCAUUUCUGGGUGUGUGGCCCAGUGAUGUCAUUGCACAGGUCCCCAGAGGUACGGGCACAAGGGGGUUCACUGCAACUUCAUCUAUGUUGGCAAUGAAUUGGAAGCUACCUAAGUGUCCAUCUCAAUGGGAAUAGAUAAUGAAGAUGUGGGCAUACUUUGUGACACUGUAUGAGUUAGACCAAAGUACAAAGUAGGUGUACAUUCAGUCUUAUGGAUAGAUGAUGUUGAGUAAAAAAAAAUAUAUGUGUGUAUAUAUAUAUAUAUAUAUAUAUAGUUUAACAACUUAUAAGUUUUACUUACGUAGAGUAAAAAAAUCUCUGUAGUAUAUAUUAUACAAGCAUACACACCUAUUGUAUUUCUUUUAUUGGUGAGAAACUUUUCAUAAAUUUUGCUAUGAUGUUUUAUUAA